CUCCAGCGAUAAGAGCCACGAUCGUUAAACUGUUGGAAGACAAAAGAAAAACACAAAAUCUUCUUUACGUCCUAAUGACACCUGGGUUUUGAUCGGAGAACCUAAAGGUCUAGACUUUUCGUAGGAUAUGAAUCUCGCGGCUAGCUUUCGCGGCAAUUACGGCGUCUUGUCGCAAUGCUGCAGCUCACGUUGCAGUCUUCAGUUUCAGCCAUUGGUAGCUACUUCGAGUUUAGGUUUUGGGCAGAGAGAUAGCUAUCGAAGGAAGAAGGAGCUGAAGCUCUUCCGAGUUCAAAGAAAGAGAGAGACUUUUUGUAGAGUGACGGAUACACAAACGGAACCAGAUGGCAAUAACGAUGAGGAAAGUGGAGGAGAAGACAAAGAGGCGUUAGCAGAUGAACCUCCUUCACAGACUCCUCCUACUGAGUUGGUUCCAGAGGCAACUGUUGUGGAUGAAGCCGUAGGCAGUAAUGAGGAAAACAAAGUUCAAUUCAGCUCUCAGGACGGUGAUAAAUUAGAAGUUAGCACUGGCUCUCCUCUUCCUGGUGUGAAUCCGUUACAACUGGAUGAUUCCAUGAGACUCCCCAAAGAAACGAUUGAUAUCCUCAAGGACCAAGUAUUUGGGUUUGACACCUUCUUUGUUACAAGCCAAGAACCAUACGAGGGUGGGGUGUUGUUCAAAGGAAAUCUAAGAGGCCAGCCUGCUAAAAGCUACGAGAAGAUAAAGACAAGAUUGGAGAAUAAAUUUGGUGACCAGUACAAGCUUUUCCUCCUUUCCAAUCCAGAGGAUGAUAAACCUGUGGCUGUUGUUGUUCCUAGAAGGUCCUUGGAACCUGAGACAACAGCUGUUCCUGAAUGGUUUGCUGCUGGUUCUUUCGGAUUGGUGGCGUUGUUUACAUUGUUUCUCCGUAAUGUUCCCGCCUUGCAAUCCGACUUACUAUCAGCAUUUGACAACCUUGAGCUGCUGAAAGAUGGCUUGCCAGGAGCUCUCGUCACCGCUCUCGUCCUUGGAGUGCAUGAACUGGGACACGUUUUAGUUGCAAACAACCUAGGGAUAAAGCUCGGUGUUCCGUUCUUCGUUCCAAGCUGGCAGAUAGGUUCUUUCGGUGCUAUAACGAGAAUCAAAAAUAUCGUGCCCAAACGAGAAGAUCUUUUGAAGGUUGCAGCUGCAGGGCCUUUGGCUGGCUUUUCUCUGGGCUUUGUUCUGUUUCUUGUUGGGUUGGUCGUGCCUCCAAGUGACGGCAUUGGCGUUGUAGUUAACUCUUCAGUGUUUCACGAAUCCUUUCUUGUUGGUGGUAUUGCAAAGCUAUUACUCGGUGAUGUACUAAAGGAAGGAACAUCGAUAUCUUUGAACCCACUUGUGAUAUGGGCAUGGGCUGGACUUCUCAUCAAUGGCAUUAACAGCAUCCCUGCAGGAGAGCUUGAUGGUGGUAAAAUCGCUUUCUCCAUUUGGGGUAGAAAGGCCUCAGCACGGCUCACGAGUGUCUCCUUAGCGCUUCUGGGUCUAUCUGCGUUGUUCAGUGACGUGGCAUUCUACUGGGUGGUGCUGAUAUUCUUCCUGCAGCGUGGACCAAUAGCGCCGCUGGCUGAGGAAAUCACUGAGCCUGAAGAGAAGUUUGUCUAUCUAGGAAUCUUGGUUCUCUUCCUCUCCUUGCUUGUGUGUUUGCCUUACCCGUUUCCUUUCACCGGUGAAGACGCCAUGAUGAUUGGCUUGUGAAAUGGGACUCAUCAUUAUACAAAUAAACAAGAGCAACUAUUAACAUUUAGUUUUGGUCUCUAAGCUGCAUAACAUUUAUAUUUGAAAGAGACUUUGAAUGGUU